AUGAUGGAGGCAGGACAUAACUUUGCUGGUUCUGUGAGCACUCUUGGAAACAGUGCUGGUGGAGAUAAUUCCUCCUUCAGAGGACAGUCUGAAGAGGAGAAUCAAGGCUUCAGAAACUUAAAGCUCAACACUGAUGAUUACAAUAGAAUCAUGAACCUGCUUCAGCAAUCUCCACCAACUUCACCAAGUGGAUCUAGACCAGACUCACCUGGAGUAAUGCCUAAAGCUAAUGCUGUUGUCAGAAACUUACCAAGUUUCCCAAACUUUGCAGGCAAGUUUACCCUUUCUGCAUAUACCAAAUCAAAUCUGGUUGGUUUGAGUGAUGUAUGGAUCAUAGAUACAGGAGCUACUGACCAUAUAUCUUGCAAUUUGUCAUGUUUUUUGGCUUAUAAAGUGAUUAAGGAUGCUUUUAUCACCCUGCCUAAUGGUCAAAAGGCAGAGGCUACCCAUAUAGGGAUAGUGCAGCUACCAUGUGGUUUAAUCCUUCAUCAAGUCCUCUAUGUCCCAUCCUUCUCCUUCAAUUUACUCUCAGUUAGUAAACUAACCAAAACACUUCCCAUCUCACUUACCUUCAAAUCAUCCUUCUGUGAAAUUCAGGACCUUCUUACCAGGAGGAGGAUUGGCUUGGCCCAUCAAGUUAGAGGUCUCUACCAAAUGUCUCGAUGUUCUCAUUUUGUUCCAGUGCCUGCUGUUAAAGGAAAGUCAUCCAUUAUAGCAGCAACUUACAAUUUCUCACAACAGAACCUGAACUUGUGGCACUCAAGGCUAGGGCAUCCAUCCUCAUUGAGACAAAAUGUAAUUAAGAAAAGUAGUAAUGUAGUAGAGAAAUCUGUAUUAGAUCAUUGUGAAACUUGUCACUUUGCUAAGCAGAAGAAACUACCUUUCACUUUGAGUAAUUCUGUAGCUGCCUCACCUUUUGACUUGAUCCAUGUAGACAUUUAG